AUGUGGGGCAGCCCACGCAAGGAGCCCGCGGUCAAUGCGGGUAUCCUGGAUGUGGGCCCGGACAUCCCAGAAGGCAGAGUUGCCCAUUCCCACCCAAACGUCGUUCCCUCAGCCAAACGCCUCCUUCCUCCCUCCGGGGCAGCCCAAGUGGGCCCACGCGGCCCGGCGGAAGCCGAGGAGCAACCCGUGUCCCCGCCACCCACCCCUGCACCGCUGGAGGCAACAGUGCCUUCCCCACGGCGGCACGCAGCCCUGACAGGCGGCAGCCCACGCUGCAGAUCUCGCUGGCAGGCGGUGCGCGGCCGGGAGCGGGCGCUCGGAGGGACGCAGUCUAUUUACAACCACAUCAAGAGCCGGGAGCCUCCGCCGGCCCCGCGGAGCCGCUCUACGGAGAGCACCAUCUUGGCGCAGCGGCUCGCCGAGGAGGUGCCCCAGGACGUGGCCUCGUUCCUCUACACGGGCGACUCCCGGGAGUUGCGGCGAGCCAACUGCUCCGGGCGGUACGAGCUGGCCAGCCUCGCCGGCAAGUCGCGCUUCACCUCGCACCCCUCCCUGCAUGGGGCCCUGGGCACCCUCACCCACGCCACCAACUUACUCAACGUGAUCCUCCAGAGCAAUAAGUCGCGGGAGCAGAACUUGCAGGAGGACCUGGAGUGGUACCGCGCCUUGAUCAGGAGCCUGCUGGAGGAGGACCCCAACAUCUCCAGGGCAGCUAUCACUUUUAGCACGGAGCCUUUCUCCUCCACUCCCCAGGUUUUCCUCCAGGCCAGCAGGAACGAGAGCCAUGUUCUCCUGCAGGACUUAUCCUCCUCAGCUCACCGACUGGCCAAUGCCUCUGUGGAAACAGAGUGGUUCCACAGCUUGAAGCGCAAGUGGAGGCCACAUCUACACAGGAAGGUCUUAAACACGGGCCCCAAAACUUUGGAGAACAGCUGGAAGAGGCGGGAGAGCUUCGCUGCUGAUAAGAACCACAUCAGGUGGUCCUCACCAUACCUGGAGUGUGAGAAUGGGAAUUACAAACCCGGCUGGCUGGUGACUCUCUCGGCGGCUUUCUAUGGGCGGCCAAACGUCAUCCCCGAGUUCAGAGGUGUUGUCAAGGUUGACAUCAAUUUGCAGAAGGUGGACAUUGACCAGUGUUCGAGCGAGGGGUGGUUCUCGGGGACACACAGGUGUCAUCUCAACAAUUCUGAGGCAAACUCUGCAACAGUUGCUGCCAAGUCACAGAUGAAUGCAGAAGUAGCUGGCAGAACCAGAUAUCCAGAGUGCAUGCCAAUUAAAGGCCUUGGAUUUGUGCUUGGAGCCUACAAAUGUAUUUGCAAAGCUGGAUUCUAUCAUCCCAACAUCUUCUCAGUGAACAGCUUUCAGAGAAAAGAUGCAGAAAAUCGCUUUUCAGUUGGUGAAUUGUCGGAGGAAGUCUACACCUGCCUGCCCUGCAGAGAAGGAUGUUCCUACUGUACAGACGAUACUCCCUGCUAUGCACAGGAGGACAAGUAUUUGCGGCUGGCUAUCAUCUCGUUCCAAACGCUCUGUAUGCUGCUGGACUUCAUAAGCAUGCUGGUAGUCUACCAUUUUCGCAAGGCAAAGAGUAUCAGGGCUUCAGGGCUGGUGCUGUUGGAAACCAUUCUUUUUGGAUCACUUCUUCUGUACUUUCCAGUUGUCAUUUUGUAUUUUGAGCCAAGUGUAUUUCGCUGUGUUCUCCUAAGAUGGGUUCGUCUUCUGGGCUUUGCUACUGUUUAUGGAACUGUGACGCUCAAGCUGCACAGGGUUUUGAAGGUAUUCCUGUCCCGAACGGCUCAGCGUAUUCCAUAUAUGACAGGUGGGCGAGUGAUGAGGAUGCUGGCUGUUAUUCUUCUGGUAGUCGUUUGGUUUCUUGUUGGCUGGACUUCUGCAAUAACCCAAAAUUUGGAGAGAAACAUUCCACUCAUUGGCCAGGGGCAGACAUCUGACCACUUGAUCUUCAACAUGUGCCUCAUAGACCGCUGGGAUUACAUGAUGGCUGUUGCUGAAUUUUUAUUCCUCUUGUGGGGUGUUUAUCUCUGCUAUGCAGUGCGGACAGUCCCAUCAGCAUUUCAUGAGCCACGUUAUAUGGCUGUUGCAGUUCACAAUGAGCUCAUUAUCUCUGCUAUAUUCCAUACAAUUAGAUUCAUUCUUGUUUCAAGACUUCAGUCUGACUGGAUGGUGAUGCUGUUCUUUGCACACACACAUUUGACUGUGACAGUCACUGUUGGGCUACUUCUGAUUCCUAAGUUUUCACAUUCAAGCAAUAACCCAAGAGAUGAUAUAGCUACAGAAGCUUAUGAAGAUGAGCUCGAUAUGGGUCGAUCUGGAUCCUACCUGAACAGCAGUAUCAAUUCAGCAUGGAGUGAACAUAGUUUGGAUCCUGAAGAUAUUCGGGAUGAGUUGAAGAAACUAUAUGCCCAGCUUGAAAUCUAUAAAAGGAAAAAGAUGAUUGCUAAUAAUCCACAUCUCCAGAAAAAAAGGUGCUCUAAAAAGGGCUUGGGGCGCUCGAUAAUGCGACGUAUUACAGAAAUCCCUGAGACUGUCACCCGGCAGUGCUCCAGGGAUGAGAAGGACUUGAUGGAGCACAGCGCUGUGAAGAGCUUGGCCACACUGAAGAAAAAUGCACAGGAUUCCACAAGCUGUGCAAAGCCAAAGGAAGAGACUUUGAAAAACAGGGUCUUUUCCUUAAAAAAGUCCCACAGCACUUACGAUCAUGUUAGGGAUCAAACAGAAGAACCAAAUGGCUUAACUACAGAAAGUGCAGAAGUUAUACCUGCUGAGAAAACACUCCUGGACUCCUUGAAUGGUAACAAAUUAACCAAAAAUGCUCCUGAAAAAGUUGAAGCUGUCUCCACUGAAUCGGUCCCUUUGGUGUGCAAAUCAGUAAGUGCACAUAAUUUAAGUGCUGAUAAGAAACCUCUGCAUCCAAGAACGUCUGUAUUACAAAAAUCCCUCAGUGUUAUUGCUAGUGCCAAGGAAAAGACUCUGGGACUAACAGGUAAAACACAAAGUCUAGAAGAAAGCACUAAAUCUCAUAAACCUCAGCAGAAGGGUAAGGAGGCCAGCAAAAAGCACUCAGCCUCUGAUAAGGGGGAACAUAAGGAUUCCCACAGGAAAAACUCUACCCACUCUGAGGAAACAAAGAAAGCCCAUAAAUCUGGAAUUAUUAAACAGCAAAGGGUUAGUCAAACACCUGCAAAUCCAGACACAGGCCCAGAGGCAGAGAAAAACCACCCUUCCCAGCCAAAGGGGAAGACUCAUCAUAAGCUGAAGACACCUGAGGGGUACCAACAGUCAAAUCAAAAGAGCUCAGAGAAGGUGGAGGCAGCCACUCGGGAGACACAAGAGCAGCAGGUCUUUGAAAAUGAGAAAAACCAGUCAAAUUCCAAGUCUCAGGUCGCUCCUGGGCUGAAGUGUGAGAAUGUUAAUAAAUAUACACCUAAUACCUGUCCUGGGGAGCGGGAGGAGCUGCCCCAGAAAGCAGCAGAAAAGGAAAACCUCAAUAAAUUGGCAGAACAGAAAAAAAAUGCCUCUUCCGAGGGAAAUGUGCUUUCAUCUAACUCCCAUAAGCCAAGUAGUUUCUUACAGCAACCUUUAGCAUCUCGAGCUGAAGUCUGCCCUUGGGAGUAUGAUACACCAGAUUUACCAAAUGCAGAAAGAAGUGUAGCUUUACUGAACACCUCUGCUAUAAGUGCAAAUAAAACAGCAGCACCUCGAAAAUAAGAGGCUUUUGGACUGAGGAGGGUAGCAACAUUGAGAAGAAAGACAACAGGAAGGACAGAGAGGACUUAGGCCAAAAGGAUCUGAAAAUUCCUAAGGAGCAUCACUUAAAUCAAGGGAAUCAGCACUACAAAUAAGUAGAAGUGAAGUAAAUUAUCAUUGAUGUUGUUAUUAUUUAUUUGUUGAGUGCCAACAAUGUGAUUAGCAAUGCCCAGAAUAUGGUCCCUGCUCCAAGGAUUUUACUGUGUCAGUGAAAGAAAUCUGCCUUUGUGAAAUCACUUCUCAUUUAAAAGAAAAAUAACAUGAUGAUAACAAACGCACAGUGUAGAUCUUAACCGAAUUAUUUCUGGAUGCCGUAACUUGCUUUAACUUGCCCUUGGGACUUUAAAGAUCCAGCAGAAGUAGGGCACAGAAAAUGUUCUGAUGGCAGAAAGGGGUAUCAAUGAGCAGCUUAUUAAAAUGACGACUUUUCACUUUAUAUAUUUAAUCUAAAUAGCACUGCUAACUCAAUGCAUCCCAAAAAUAUUUUCUAUAAUGGUUGCUCUCAUUUUCUUAUUACUAUAUGUUUAAGUACACCGUUGUGUCUCAUAUUAAAGCAUUCCAGAUUGUAUAAUUUUUGCAAAUAACUUUGAUAUUAUGUGACACAACAACAUAUUUAUGCAAUCUGCAGAUACUUUCUUUUAAUUGCAAGUUAAAAUAUCAUUUUGUUUAUAUAUAGAAUUGCAGUAAUCUUUCACUGGCUAUGAAAGCCGUAAUUCUUAUCAGGAAAUUCUUUUGAUCUUUGGAGAUUAUUUUUUUUUCCUUUCCUGUGAUUUAUAUAGUGAAUUUUUUUGUUUACUCUCUGUUAUUUAAAUUUAUAGUUUGAUACUGUAUUAUUCAGGAGUUUUAUAUGCAGUAAGUUAUGCACUUCCCUGUUAAUGUUCUUUGUUAGUAGUGGAAAUUCAGUCGUCUUAGCUGCAUAUUAGGACAACUUAUCUGGUUUUUUGUUACUAAUUGGAAAAUAUCAUCUAACAAAACAGAACUCUUACUUUAAACAUUGAUUGUGAUGAUCUUAUUCAGUAUUCCCUGCUGAGCAUAUCCUGCUAAAUAAGGUAAGAAAGAAUGA